GUAUAUAAAAUGCCCUUAUUAUUAUUACAUGUGGUUCCUGGGAAAAUCGACGAGUUUUUCAGUUCAUAAAAUUUGUCCGAAAAUUGAAAAAUAUGGUGGAGAAGAAAGAGGAGGAGAAUGGAAAGAGGAAGACGAGAAUGUCGAGAUGGACAUUUGUGUGUGCCCUGGCGAUUGUGUUCGUAGCUUCAGCAUUGAGCUCUAUUACAACUCCUUACCUCAAUUUCCCUUUUUUCUUCAUUAAGGAUUCCAAACCCUGUCACUGUCCUCAGGGUCAAAACAAAUAUACUGGCAUGAUUGAGGACUGCUGUUGUGAUUAUGAAGUAAUAGAUAGUAUUAAUGGGGAAGUUUUGCACCCUCUGCUACAAGAGCUUGUGACGACCUCCUUUUUCCGGUAUUUUAAGGUCAAGUUAUGGUGUGACUGCCCUUUUUGGCCUGAUGAUGGAAUGUGUCGUCUACGGGACUGUAGUGUCUGUGAAUGCCCAGAAAAUGAAUUUCCAGAAACUUUUAAGAAACCCUGGACCAAUGGGCUUUCACCAGAUGAUUUAGUGUGUCAAGAAGGAAAGCCACAAUCGACUGUGGAUCGUACUUUAGAUAGUAGAGCUUUCAGAGACUGGAUAGUUGCAGAUAACCCAUGGACAAAUGAUGACGAAACUGAUAAUGGUGAGAUGACCUAUGUUAACCUUCAACUAAACCCUGAACGUUUCACGGGCUAUACUGGACCAUCAGCUAGAAGGAUAUGGGAUGCAGUAUAUUCUGAAAAUUGCCCAAGAUAUUCAUCUGGAGAAAUAUGUCCGGAAAAGAAAGUACUAUACAAAUUAAUAUCUGGUCUUCAUACUUCAAUAACAAUCCACAUAGCUUCUGAUUACCUUUUGGAUGAAACUACCAAUCAGUGGGGUGAAAAUGUGGAAAUACUAUAUCAACGUGUUCUAAAGUACCCAGAUCGUGUCCAGAAUUUGUACUUCACGUUCCUUUUUGUUCUCCGAGCCGUGACCAAAGCAGCAGAUUAUCUGGAACUGGCUGAGUAUGAUACUGGUAACCAUUCAGAAGACUUGAAAACACAGUCUUUAAUGAAGCAGCUACUGUACAGUCAUAAACUUCAAGCUGCAUGUCCUCUUCCAUUUGAUGAAGCAAAGUUGUGGCAAGGCCAAAGUGGACCUCAACUAAAGCAACAAAUUCAGAAGCAAUUCAGAAAUAUUAGUGCAUUGAUGGACUGUGUUGGCUGUGAGAAGUGUCGUCUCUGGGGAAAGCUUCAGGUUCUUGGUCUCGGUACAGCAUUGAAGAUUCUCUUUUCCAUUGACGGGCAUAACUCUCCAGUUCAGCAUCUGCAGCUGCAGCUGCAACGAAAUGAAGUGAUUGCCUUGCUAAAUCUGCUCAACCGUCUCUCUGAAUCAGUCAAGUAUGUCCACGAGAAGGGACCCUCGGUGGAAAAGAUUUUUGGACAUGUUACUGAACCUGCUUUAUACGAUGACAGCGCAUGGCAAAGAAUGUGGAAGUUGAUCAAUGGGCUUAGAUUUAGGAAGCAAUUGUAGCCAGGUCAACUGCACAUGUUUGUAUACAUAAUUACAUACGCAUUUAUGAGUGAGGAAAUAUGGUGCAGUCAAAAUUUUGGACAAAAGAGACCAUUUUGAGGUUAUAGAGCAUACACAAAUGGAGUCAUCAGGCUUCAACUGUACACUAUAAGAACAAUAGUUUAAUGAAAUCCAAAUCUUACAAACA